AUGUCAGGAGAACUUCCAAUCACUAUCCCCAAGCUGAAAGUCUUUUUGACGGGCGGAACCGGAUACAUUGGCGGCGCAAUUCUGACCGCACUUCUUCGGUCGCCGGAUCUCGAGGUCACAACCCUUGUUCGUUCUGAAUCUGCAAUCGAAACACUCACAUCCCUGCUACGAAUCCUAAAUUCUUUACGGGAUCUACGCCGAAAUGCGUUCAACUGCGCUUCAGCGAAUGAUCUUCCCGCUGCGGAGGCUCUUAUUAAUGGGCUAAGUGAAAGUGGAGAGGGAGGAAAGAGGAUCUUCGUACAUACUUCGGGAACGAGUGCUUUUGCGACUUAUAAUGACGGGGAUGAAGCUGGGAGGGCGUUUGAUGACACUGAGGAUUUGGUGGGGGUUCUGAAGGAGUGGGAUGAGAGGGAGCAGUAUGGCCAUCGAACUGUUACCCUGAAAGUGGUGGAGCUUGGGACGGAGAAAGGUGUUUCGACAUAUACCAUCGUGCCUCCGAUGAUUUGCGGUCAGACUGCCGCAAUUAUUCCACGUUUGUCGGUCCAGCUUCCGCCGCUUAUUCGAACUGCUAUCGAAACGAAGAAAGCACAUUUCAUAGGCUCUGGGAAUGCCAUCUGGUCGAACGUACAUAUCACAGAUCUUGCAAAUUUAUAUGAACUAAUUCUUCGAUGUGCUCUCAGUGGCGUUGCGAAGUCUGGGUAUGACGGUAUAUAUUUCGCUUCCAAUGGAGAAAAGAGCUGGAAAGACAUUGCGUAUGGUGUCAAGGAAGCUGUUGAGGCUUUGGAAAGAUGGGAUGGAGGCAAAGUCGGGUUGGAGAGUUGGACCGUCGAGGAUGCAGCGGGUAUUGAAGGCGUCAACGGAGUUAGGGAUGCAAAGCUGGCUUUCGGGUCGAAUGUCAUUACGGUGCCGAAUAAAGCGCUCAAAUUAGGCUGGAAACCGGCAUUUGGAGGGGAAGCUGUGGUGGAUAGUAUGAAGAAGGAUGCUGUUAUUCUGUGGAAGCAGCUCAAGAAUGAGUAA